AUGUUGAUCAACUCUGCCAUAUUCCUCCACUGCAUUCUGGUUUCCACCAUGUUUCUUCAACCAAAAGCUCGGAAACACCCUCAAGAACUCGAAGAUCUCUUCUCGAACUCCAAUGCCAAUGCCCCUCCAGUGCCUCCUCGAUCAUCAGCUUCUUCGUCAUUGGUGACUUCUCCUUCAGCCUCAGCUUCUUCUUCUCCUCUGGUUCCAGCCUUCUUCAUCAUUGGUGACUCCUCUGUGGACUGCGGCAACAACAACUUCCUCGGCACCUUGGCUCGCGCGGAUCACCUUCCGUAUGGAAGAGAUUUUGACACCCACAAGCCCACCGGGAGGUUCUGCAAUGGAAGAAUCCCAGUUGAUUAUCUUGCAUUACGCCUUGGUCUUCCUUUUGUACCAAGUUAUCUGGGGCAAUCUGGAAUGGUAGAAGAUAUGAUUCAUGGAGUGAAUUAUGCCUCUGCUGGUGCUGGAAUCAUUUUCUCGAGCGGAUCAGAACUGGGUCAGCACAUGUCCUUCACACAGCAGAUUGAGCAGGUUACAGACACAUUUCAGCAGUUCAUACUGAGCCUGGGAGAGGCUGCAGCGAACGACCUAAUCUCGAAUUCGUUGUUCUACAUCUCAAUCGGAAUCAAUGACUACAUACAUUACUAUCUGCUCAAUAUGUCGAAUGUUCAAAAUCUUUACCUGCCAUGGAGUUUCAACCAGUUCUUGGCAACCACAGUAAAGCAAGAAAUCAUGAACUUGUACAAUGCGAAUGUUCGAAAAGUGGUGGUGAUGGGGUUGGCACCUAUAGGCUGUUCUCCCUACUACCUGUGGCUGUAUGGAAGCCAGAAUGGGGAGUGUGUGAAGGAGAUCAACGAUAUGAUAAUGGAGUUCAACUUUGUGAUGAGAUACAUGCUUGAGGAACUUGGUGAGGAGCUCCAUGACGCCAACAUCAUCUUCUGUGAUGUGUUUGAAGGUUCAAUGGAUAUACUAAAGAACUACAAGCGCUAUGGUUUCAAUUUCACUGCAGAUGCCUGCUGUGGACUAGGCAGGUACCGGGGCUGGAUCAUGUGCCUUUCACCAGAAAUGGCCUGCAGCAACGCCUCAAAUCAUAUCUGGUGGGACCAGUUCCAUCCAACCGAUGUAGUGAACGCCAUCCUGGCAGACAAUGUGUGGUCCAGCCUGCACACUGGGAUGUGCUAUCCCUCAAACUUGCAGGACAUGUUGGUGGUCAAGGCCAGAUGAAUCGAUGGAGAAGCUUCUCAGCAAGG